AUGCUGUCAUCUGGCCAGUCUGACGUCCGCAUGAUGGGUGUCGAUUUGGACGCACAGCUGGUACAAAGAGCCAACGAAGCGAUAUCAAACGAACUGGAAUCUAAGUUGCAAUUCCAAACCGUGAAUGUCGUGGCGGAAGCUGAAGAACGCGACCAACUGUUGACUCGCUAUUUGGAAACUCAUGACUCUGGACGGAAACGUUUUGAUAUCGCUUUCUGCUUUUCGACUACCAUGUGGGUUCACCUGAAUCACGGCGACGCUGGAUUAGAAUCUUUGCUGGCCUGUCUCGCUACGUGGGCAGACAACAUUGUCGUUGAGCCACAGCCGUGGAAAUGCUACCGUAAUGCCACUCGACGGCUUCGACGAGCCAAUCGCCCACCUUUUCCUUUAUUCGAUGCGCUAAUUCACCGCAGCAAAGUGCUCGACCACAUCGACGACGUCUUUCGCAAUCGAAUGGACAUGGAACUACAAGAACAUCUGGGUCACUCGGAAUGGCAACGGCCGGUCUUGUGGUACCGCCAUAAACCAACAGCCAAUUUAGCGAUUUAA